AUGGAGUCUUUGCUUUCAGUACUUGCUUAUGCCUUCUUCGUCUUCCUUGUCCUAGCUGUGUUCCGACGCAUCUGCCGUGUGCCGGCGCGGGUGAUCCCUCAGCCGAUCGUUGAGAACAGCGAUGCUGCCGUCACCAGGCGUGCACUGGUUGAAUACGCCGACGCUUUCUCCAACCGCCCAAUGUCCAUGUUCCGCGUCCCUAUCGUCAAAGGUCACCGCCGCCGACGGAGCGACAACAUAAUCUCCGUGCCAUACGGCCCGCUAUGGCGCACCCUGCGGUGCAACCUCGCCGCGGAGACCAUCCACCCCACGCGCUACGCUUCCUAUGCACCCCUGCGACGGGCGGCCAUCGACGACAUCGUCGCUAGCGUCCAGUCAGCCGCAAGAAAGGGCAGGGCGGUGGUCGUCCGUGACGGCCUCUAUGCCGCCGUGUUCUCUAUGAUUGCACGCAUGUGCUUUGGAGACGGCCUGGUCGACGAGGCCGACGUGCGGGCCAUGCAGUGCGAGUUCCGAGAGUUCAUCCUCGCCGCCGUGGAAUCCACCUCCACGUGCGAGUCUAAGCUCUUGGGCUACUGGAGGAGAUGGGAAAGCGAUCCUAUCGCCUUGCGCCACCGGCUGGCGGAGCUUUUCCUCCCUCUCAUCGAGGAGGCACGGCGGCAGUCGUCACAAUUCUGCGACGGCCACGCCCGUUCAUACGUCGAUUCGCUCAUCCAUCUCCGCGUUCCAGACGAAGACGACGACAAUGACGAGCAUCUCCGCCGAGCCCUCACGGAAGACGAGAUGGUGAGCCUCGUGUUAGAAUUCCUCGGCGCCGGCACGGAGACCGUUGUGGCUUGCGUCGAGUGGACCCUCGCUCACCUAGUCACCCGACCGGAGAUCCAGAACAAACUGCGUCGCGAGGCCAUCAUCAAAAUCAAGUACGACGGUGACAACAAGUAUCCCUCCGAGGACGAGGAGAGAGAGAUACUCCACCGCGGCAUGGCGCCGUACCUCCACGCCGUGGUGCUCGAGAGCCUCCGCAUGCACCCACCGGCGCCGUUCGUCGUGCGCGACGUCCGCGCCGAGGGAGGAGUGGUCGGCCAAACGGCCAUGCCGGCAGGCGGUUUGCGUGUGCACUUCGUCUUGGGGGACAUCGGGAGGGACCCCAAGACAUGGACGGAUCCCGACGAGUUCCGGCCGGAGAGGUUCCUUGCCGGAGGAGAGGGAGAGGCCGUUGGGCCUCUGCCGGGGCCCAAGGAGAUUAAGAUGAUGCCGUUCGGCGCAGGGCGGAGGUACUGCCCAGGCAUGGCGCUGGGGAUGCUCAAUGUCAAGUGCUUGCUGGCAGCGCUGGUGCGCGAGUUCGAGUGGACCGAGGGAAAUUGUGGCGUCGACCUCACGGAGCUCGACGGGUUCUUCCAAGCGAUGAAGAAGCCACUUCGUGCUCGUGUCACUCGUCACAAGUGCAUGCAGCAAGCGUAA